UACCGGUAGGAACACACACAAAAACACUGACUCACAAACAAAUUUUUACAGAUAUACACAAACAUUUUUCUUCUGGCUGUUGAAGUCAUGUCAAAAGCACAAGCAACGCUCACACAGAACCCUCUGGAGAAGACCUGGGUUCCAUGGAUGACCAGCAGACUGAACAGGCGCAGAAGCUCUUCAGUGCCUCAGUUCACCAAUUCCCCAACAGUGAUUGUGAUGGUAGGGCUGCCAGCACGUGGGAAAACUUACAUUUCCAAGAAACUCACCAGAUACCUGAACUGGAUCGGGGUUUCAACCAAAGUGUUUAAUAUUGGGCAAUAUAGAAGAGAGGCCACACGUUCCUACAAUAGCUAUGAGUUCUUUAAACCUGACAACACAGAGGCGAUGAAGAUACGCAAUGCUUGCGUCAGUGCUGCCCUGAAAGAUGUGUGCGAUUACCUAACCAGGGACCAAGGUCAAGUUGCGGUUUUUGAUGCUACCAACACUACUCCUGAACGCAGAGAAGUCAUCCUCAGUUUUGCCAAAGAAAAUGGUUACAAGAUUUUCUUUGUGGAAUCGAUAUGUGACGAUCCGAAAAUCAUUGCUGAGAAUAUCAAACAAGUGAAGCUGACCAGUCCAGACUAUGAAGACUGUGAUAAAGAAGAGGCAGUGGCUGACUUCCUGAAGAGGAUUGAAUGUUAUCAAAUGACUUACAUCGCCCUGGACGACAACAAGGACAGGAAUCUGUCCUACAUCAAAAUCUUUGACGUGGGUAGCAGGUACCUGGUGAACCGGGUCCAGGACCACAUUCAGAGCAGAAUAGUUUACUACCUGAUGAACAUCCAUGUCACUCAAAGAUCCAUCUACCUGUCUCGCCACGGAGAGAGCGAACUCAACCUGGUGGGUCGUAUAGGAGGAGACUCGGGGCUCUCCCCCCGUGGAGCUAAGUUUGCCAGUGCUCUGGGUGCAUACAUGCGUGGUCAGUGCAUCACUGACCUAAAAGUCUGGACGAGCCACAUGAAGAGGACCAUCCAGACCGCCGAGUCCCUGGGAGUCCAGUAUGAGCAGUGGAAAGCUCUAAAUGAGAUUGAUGCUGGGGUUUGUGAAGAAAUGACUUAUGAAGAGAUCCAGGAGCACUACCCUGAGGAGUUUGCUCUUCGGGAUCAGGACAAAUAUCGAUACCGCUACCCUAAAGGAGAG